CUUAUAGCUACUUGCUUGUGCAAAGGGGUGAAUUUAAAUUUACUUUAUAUUGCUUUGCUUGGAUCUCUCCAUUGAUGUUUAUGACUGCAAUUGAUCAGUCUGUUAUUGACACAAGUUCGUCCAGUGCGUAUUGCCUCGAUAUUGCUUAAAUUCACAAGCUUUCUAAGUAAAGAUGGAUAGUGGCUUGCAGUGGAAUCUAAGACGCGCGUUUUGUUCUACUUGGGAGUCAAUGGGAAGAUACAAGCAAAACAAUACCAAGUGAAUUUAAAUAGUAUAAUUUUUUAAAUUAUUAUUGUUGAUUAAUCAUACUUAUUUUUAUCGUUUAAUAUUUCGUUUUUGUUUUUUAAUCUAUCCAUUUCUUGUUGUUGUAAAGGGAUAAUUCAACAAAGAUAUAAUUCAGUUUUUAUUUCAUUGUCAUUAUAGUCUAUUAUCAUUUAAAUAACUGAGAGUAAUACAUAGUUAUUUCAUUAUCGAUCUAUUAACUUUACAGGAAUCGAAUGUAAAAUUUAUGCACAAAUAGCUAUGACGAAUUACAAAUAAAUAAUCAAUAAAAUAUAAUGAAAAUUAAACAUUUCAAUAAACAAUUUAGUUUAAAAUCUAUUAAUACAACAGGAAAUAUUGAUAGAAUUGAAUUUACCUCAAUGUAUUCUGGACCACCAUUUGCUAUGGCUAGUAGACAAAUUGAAAAUGGUUUAUUAGAUUGUAAAGAAUUAUUAGAUUCAAAAAUGUUUUAUAAUAUAACCAAUUCAAUAAAUAAUAAUUGUGGUACUACUCCUCCUACUACUACUACUAAUAAUAAUAGUAAUAAUAGUAACAAUAAUAAAGGUUAUCUAUCAUCUGGAAGUAAAUAUGAAUGUUACCAUCCACUUAUAUCAUCUAAUGAAGAACAAGUUUAUAAUGAUAAUAAUAAUUUAAAAUCUUUAUCAAAACGUAAAUUAUUAACAAAACAAUAUAAAACAAUCGAUGUACUAAUGAAACCUUCUACAAAUGAUGAAUUAACAUCCAUUAAAACAUCGAAUAAAUCUGUAGCAUUGAUUGAAUGUGGAAAUUAUAAAUUAGAUACUAUAGAUAAUGUAUAUCAUGAACCUGAAUAUAUACAAAUGAAAACUAAAAUGAAAUCAAUCUUUGACAAUUUAUUACAUAAUAGAUUAUAUCCAUGUUGUAAAUCAAAUAUGAAUUCUAAUUUAUGUGCAAAUUUAUCUGAUUAUAUACAUGCAAAUAAUAGACGUAAACAAAUGAUCAUAGUGAUUAUUGUAUUAUCGAUUUUAUUAUUGAUUAUUAUUAUUAUUACUAUGAUAAUAUUGUAUAAAUUAUAUGAUGAAUCAUCAAUCACUUCAUAUACAUUGCCGAUAUCAACAUCAUCAUCAAUAUCAUCAUUAUCACCAUUACGAUUAUCAUCUGAGUUAUUCAAUCUAGAACCAUUACAGUCUACAUUGUCUACAUCAUUAAAACGAAUACCAAAUUUUAACAAACAACUUAAUACAUCUAAGGUUUCACCGACUAAUCCCAUUGAAACUAAUAAUAAUAAUAAUAUUAGCAGUCAUGAUAACAGUAGUAAUAAUAGUAGUAUAGAUCAAAAAUGUAAAAUACAAAAAUUUUGUUUAAAUAUUAGUUGUUUACAAAUUGCCUCAAUUUUAGCUGAACGUUUAGGACGUUAUAAUCGACCGAAAAUUAUCAUAAAUCUAUUAAAUAAUCAAUGUUCAAUGGAAGAUAUUGAUGAAAUUAUUAAAAUAUUUUAUAUUGGUGAUGAAUUCCACUUAGCAACUCAUGAAAAUAGUUUAUAUAAAUUUAAACAAAAACGUUUAUCCACAUUAUGGUCAUAUGUUAUGAAUGAAUUACAAGGAUAUAUUAUAGAAGAUAAAAAACGUCCAUUGUUUCUAUGGAUAGAAAAAUUAGCUUAUCUAUUUCAACAUUUAAUUGAUCAGCAUAUAUAUAAGAAGAAUAUAACAAAUAUAACUAUGACAAAUACUACAACUAUGACGGUUAAUAGUACUGAUGAUCAUAGAAGUACCAAUGUAGAUCAUAGUGACCAUAAAACGUUCAGGCAUAAUAAGGAUAAAGAUAUUGAUCAUGAUAAUUUAUUAUUUAAAUCAUCCAAUAAUAAUAAUAAUAAUGAUCAAAAGAAACAAUCAAUAAUUCAUGGAAAUUCCAGUGUAAUCUAUCAUCCCAUUCAAUUGAAUAAAACUAGAUUAAUUCAACCUAUUUUAACUAAUAAUGAAGUAUAUUCAUCAUUUAUAAGUUCAACAAUGAAAAUGAUUCAACCAAAUGAAUUAGAAACAACUAUUAAUAUGUCAUAUAAAACAGAAUUAGAACAAUUAAAUGAUUUAUUACAAUUAGGGAAUAUUGCAUUUCAUGGAUUAGACAAUGUUCUUAUCAAUGUUCAACUAAAUUUACGUGUACCAUUAUUUUUUUCUGCAUGGAUUGAACGUUCUCAUACUCCUGGUUUAAUGGACUCACUUAUACCAAUGUUGGAUAAUUGUGAACAACCAGAAUUACCAACGUAUGAAGAGUUGGAAAAUUAUAUUACAGAUAAAUCGAAAUCUUUUGUAACUUCCUCAUCGUCAAGAUUAUUCAAUACAUCACCUCUGGAUAACUUAGCAUCAUCAUCAUCGUCGUCAACACCGUUUCUAUGGAAUCGUGUUCAUGAAUUACGUAACUACAUUCAUCAUUUUGGCAAAUUAGCUUGGAAAGCAAGAUAUUCAAAUAUUCCGGACCAAUAUCUUUCUGAUGGAUCAUCUAAAUAUCUAAAUUUUUCUGGAGUUCUACCUGUUUUAUAUAAACUUCAAAAGUUAAAUCAUCAUAGCCAAAUCAAUAGAACAAAUGCUCACAAAAUGACUAUACGUGAAUUAAUGCAAAUUACACAGCAUACUAUCAACUUUCCACGUUAUCUGGGUAAAUUAACUUCACGGAAUCAUUUGACUAUAAUGCCUAGAGAUAUGCAAGUAUGGGUUACUAAUAUUGACUAUUAUGAUAAAUUGGGUCGAGCGUUACAACAAACAUCGUUCAGCGAGUUACAAGACUACAUUACAUUUGCAAUACUUCACAAAUAUGGAGGAUACGUUGAUCAAGAAACUGCACAAUUAAAGAAUAAAUUUCUAAAACCAUAUGCAGAAAGCCUUGGAAUUGAUCAAGUUUCUUAUUGGCCAUUUUUGUUAGAUUUAGCUUCACCAGGAUUACAACAAAUUCUUCAAAGUCAAUGGAGUUCCAUUCAACUCAGUCAUGGAAUUAAACAAUUUCAGAAUGAAAUUUUAACUCCUGUACAAUCGAUAAUCAUUAAGUUGUUAAAUAGAUCAAUGCCUGGAACAACAAAAUGUUAUCAGUUAUUAAAUAAGAUAAGUAGUAUGAAAAUUCAACUCAUGUCAUACAAUGGUCAUGAUUCGAUGGGAGAUUUUUAUUCCGAGUUAAAAAUUCAAUCUAAACAAAGUCUUUUAAUACAAUUAGUUCAAUUUAAUAAUUUUUUAUCACAAAAAGCAAUAUCUACUGAUUUGUCUGCAUUAAUUCCAGAUCUUGGUCUUAGUUCCGGAGGUAGUAAACUUUUUCAAUAUAUCCACAAUUCUAAUAUAUUGGAAAUCUCACUUCUAUUAUUACAAUGGCCUUAUUUUAUGCCAGAUUUAUCAAUACCCAGAUAUUUAAAUUUUGGAUAUUUAUGGUAUUCAGUGACAAAAAUUAUAUCAGUUUUACUCACCAAUGAGAGAUGCUUGGAUGUAAGCAUUUUCUAUCAAGGUGAACAUGAUGAAUAUGACCAAUAUGUACGGAAAUUCCUCCUGGAUUCAAAGUUCAUGGAUCAAUGGCUAACAUGGUCUAAAACACCAAAAGUCUUUCAAUCAAUUUUAGCUAUUGAGAUCACAGGUCGAAUAUACAAAGAUUAUUUAUCAAUCAAUCAUAAUCAACCAGAUUCUAAUUUACCAGGAAUAUUUCUUACACAUAAAGAAUUAUUUUACCAGUGGAUAUUUCAACUAAUCUGUCCUGGAUUCGAUUAUGCUAAUAUUAUAACGCAUAAUAAUGUUCUACUACAUAGUAUAGAAGAAUGUGAUGUAAUUCGUACAGCUUUGAAAUUAUCACCGACAUUUAGAUGGUUUAUGGAAUGUUCAUGAAAAGAACUCAACAACAAAACUUAUUUUUAUAUAUUCAUUAAAAAUCUAAAGCUUCAAUGGAUGGAUGGAUGGAUGGAUAUCUAACCACAACAGAAAUUGUGAAUAAUAACUUUCUAGUAAAAAAAAUAUAUCAUUAUAUUAUCAUGAUUCUGAUUUGAAAAAACAUUGUAAUAUGAAAUUCACAUCAAUCAACUUUCGAGACCAAGUUGGUCACAUUCAAAUCCUUCCUACCCAUAACAGCACACGACUGACUUUGAACUAAUCAUGUAUUGUAUUCAUCCAUUAAUUUUCAGGCUAAUAACAAUUAAUGGUACAAGUUUAUAGUGAAAUCAAGUUUCUAUUAUCAAUUCAGUUGGUCAUAGACUUGUAAGAAAUAUGAUAUUUAAAAAAAAACCCAAGAGAUUAUAAUGAUUUAAAGUGAAAGCAUCGUUGAAUCAUUCAAUUCAAUAUUAUUGAUUAAUUGGAUUAGAUUAUAAUUGAUUUUUUCUUUUUGGAACUGAAAUUCAAUCAGUUUACCAUGAUAUAAUCAAUAAAAUCUCAAUUGGAUUUAAUUGAACAAUGUUAAAAUAAAGUCUUAACUUUCUUAAGGUUUGUCUUCAUGAAAGAGUAAAUAUAUGUGAAGAAUCCGCUAAUCGUAUCACAUGCAUCUAUCAUUUAUCUUGCAAACAAUUGAAAGCAAUCCAAUCUAAGGCUUUGUAAAUUUAUUUUAAAAAUUUCAUAUACAAGUCUACCAAACAGAAUCAAUUCAAUAGUUCAUUUUCUUCUUGAACAAACAAACAAACAAACAAUAAGCUGCUAACUACUUGGAACUUAAAAAUUAGAAUAUUCUAUAUUUUAAUGUGUAAAUCAGUAGUAUAAAAAAGUUUCACUUUUCCUCAGACAAAUUCCUUGCAUAAUGAUUUCAUUUAUGUCUAUUAGUAUCACAAUAGAAAGAACAUUGUAUAUAUGAAAACGAAAACAAAGAAUUCGUUACAUAUUAUUAAAAACAAAAAAAAUUCGUCUAUUGUAUUAAAUAUAUGAUGAGGAAUGUAUGCAUAUUCUUUUACUGUCUGUUCUGUCUCAAGAUAGUUUAUAGUAAUUCCGAAUGAUGUACAAUAGAAAGAUUCUUCUUAGAAAAUUAACAUUAAUCCCCUAAACACCAUUAAAGAGAGAACUAAAAUAAAGAGAUCAAUUUAAUAUGAUUAGUCGGGGUUGUAAUAGAACAACUCUAACAUUUUGACAUAUAGUAAAUAUAGCAAACUAAAUACGAAAACGACCAACUGCUUAGCAUUAGAUAUAUUGUCAACAUCAGAACUUCCACUUCAGUAAACUUUAUAUUGAAAUCAUUCGGUAAUUCUGAAGUUAAUUAUCAAUUGGAGUUCAGUGGAAAA